AUGCCAGCAUUUCAGGCCCUUUUUCUUUUUCCCGCAAUCCUGGUCCUUUUGUUGGCCCUUGUAUUCUCUCCUACUAUAUUUGUUCGUCAACUGUACAGUUCGCUAUGUUCUGUACAAUCCACCACCGGGUCUAACCGCUUUUCCUCCACACCUUAUUUUCCUAGCUGGAAUAGCUGGUGGCACCAGCAAUCUGCUGGGAAGCGGGGAAUCCAAAGUCGGCCCAGCGGCUGGAAUUUACUUUACCAUCUUGGGGGAAAUGGCCCAUGGAUUGAGAAGAUUGACGGCAUUCUUGAGGUCGGAGCCUCUGGAAUUGGUCCACCUCAGGGACAUGCAGAGAGGUAUCCCACAUCCAGUGCUGGGGGACGUCAUCUGGAUCUUCUCUCUCGGAUCAAAGCUGCAGGCCUGAUGAAUGGAACCCUUGCAUUCCUGAACAAUUGGACAUAUAUUACUCAGGAUUCUCAUGGCGACUUUGAUCAGCUUAUUAGCCACGGGCCUUACGCGGGAACUUUGCAAGCCUUCACUACUGGAGUGAGACUGCGAACUCGUUACUCCCAUCUCCUUUCUCUCAGAAACCAUACCCGAUUCUGGGCCAGUGACUGCAAACGAGUUAUCGACUCAGCGCGAUACUUUGCGACCGGGUUCUUUGGCUCGAACUGGGAGACAAAACACAUUGCUACUCUCGAGGUUAUUCCCGAGACGGCUGAUCGUGCCGCUGAUACCCUGACUCCUGGCGACACAUGUAUUAAGUACCUUGACGAUCCCGAUCAUGGACAUGACAAAGGACUUAAAAUGCUGGCAGAGUUUCAAGAGGCUUACAUACCGCUUAUCUCGAAAAGGUUGAUAAGAGAGAACCCAAAUAUCAAGUUUACUAACUCGGAAAUAUACAGUAUGCAGGAAAUGUGUGGUUUUGAGAUUUUGACACGAGGUUCAAGCCCUUGGUGCGAUGUUUUCACUUUGAACGACUGGGAACAUUUUGAGUAUGCCAGAGAUUUAUUACAUUAUUACCGCGCCGGUCCAGGGAACCCAUAUGGAGCGACGAUGGGGUGGCUGUGGUUAAAUAGGACAACCGAAUUACUUUUACACCCUUCGAAUCAAGGAGAUAUGUUCUUUAGCUUCGUCCACGAUGGCGAUAUUGCACCCAUGCUCUCCGCACUCAAAAUAUUUGACGACACUAGGGACCUAACAACCACUCACAUCGCGGGCAACCGAAACUGGCGGACUUCGCAAGUCAUGCCCAUGGGUGGCAGGAUCAUAUUCGAGCGUUUAAACUGCGAACCCGGAGAAAUGAAAAAUCUAAGCGACCCGAGAGAUAGCCCAGAAGAUGAUAGAGCAUCACGCUUCAUUCGAAUCAAUAUAAACGAUGGCAUUGUCACCUUACCCGAUUGUAAUUCUGGCCCUGGUGGAAGCUGCCCCUUAUCCAAUUUUGCGGAGAGGACUCGCGUACGCGGCGAAGAGGUGGGUAACUUUGAGACUGUCUGUGGGCUCGAUGGUAGUGAGAAGGGGAGAAUCACGUUCCUGAGACCACAAUAACAGGCAGGGCCCCCUAAACCCCGGCGCUGGAUUGGAAUUGUUGCGCACUGAAAUUCCAUACUCAAUGUGCUAUGUUGCUCUUUCAGCAAUUGGCGCUUAGUAUUUUUUUUUUU